CGUCGCCCGGGAAGUCGGCCGUCCCGGACAGCACAAGCGCGAACGUGCUGGACCUGUUGGCGGUCGUGCCGAUGUACUGGCCCUGCGCGCGCGAGAAGCAGAUCGAGUGAGUUAAUGCUAUUUACGGCGAUGCGGAGGAGCGGAGGAGCGCAUCACCUGUCCAGGGGUUACUUGCGCCCACCGGCCAGCAUCGACGCUGUGCAUGGUGAUCCCGUCGAGCGCGCCCGGGGGUGUGAGGACGUCCCACUGCAGCAUGUUGCUCGUCAGCCGUGGGGCUCUGCACAGCGCGUGGGCGUGGACGUACGAGGCUGUGGCCCCCCGAGAACGCGGGCGGGACGUACACGCGGCUGUAAGGCGCGUCGACGGAGACCGGCGCGUACGGGUGCGCGAGGUUGAC